AUGGCAAAAACAAAGUCGAAAAGCCACUCCAAGAAUGGGAAAAACAAAGAUAUUCUCCGUUCUACCACUUCUUCAGUGGUCAAGUCUCCAAAACUCCAAAAAUCUGAACGGCCGAUCGAAGACCUCCUGACAGAGGCGACCUCUCUGUUCGAACAGUCACAGCCUGAACUCGCACUACCCCUUGCCGAAGAAGCCCUCCGAAGACUGGAGGUCGAACGACAGCAGCGAAAGCGACAAGAAAACAAUACACAGGACGAGAUUGACACCCUCCUCCAAAAUGCAGCACAAGGCAAACCUACACUUCCGACCGCCCUGAGUCUAGAAGGAGAGAUUCAAAUGGCACUGGGCGAAGUUGAAUCUGCCCGCACCUCUUUUCUCCGUGCCACGGUGAUUGACCCAGACGGUGCUCUUGUCUCCGCGGAGCCUUAUCUCUGGCUUGCACAGUUGAGUGAAGGAGGUGGGCAAGAAUCUAUAUCCUACUUCACCAAGGCGAUCGAGGUGUUACGCAACGAAAUUGACGUCCUUGAGGACAUUUCCGACGACGACGACGACGACGUGGUGCAAGUCUUGGUUGAAAAGCGUUCCAAACUCGCCAACGCGCUGGCUGCCAUGACCGAAGUUUACAUGACCGAUUUGUCCUGGGAGCCGGACGCAGAGCAGCGCUGUGAAAGCUACAUCACAGAGGCGGUUGCCAUAUGCCCCGAUUCACUGAGCGCGGGUGUGCUACAGACGUUGGCAAGCGUCCGUAUUAGCCAAGAGAGACUUGACGAUGCCCGUCAGGCACUCAGGCGAAGUAUGGAGAUCUGGAAAGACAUCCCGUUCGAGGUACAGAGUGAAAUGCGACCUGACUUCGCAACAAGAAUCAGUCUCAGUCGACUGCUCAUGGAGGUCGAGGCAGAAGCGGAAGCGUUCGGAGUGCUGCAAGGCUUGAUCCGUGAAGAUGAUCAGAGUGUUGAGUCAUGGUACCUCGGUGGAUGGUGCCAAGUACUGGUUGCGCAAAAGGUAUUGGGUGACGAGGAAGCACGGAAGAAGAGUCAGGAGCAAGCAAAAACAUGGCUGGAUAACUGUCUACGAUUGUUCCGUAUCCAGCAGUACGAGGAUGAUCGGCUACGAGAGCAUGCCCUAGAACUGACCCAGCAGCUGAACCAAGCACUCGGUAUUGAAGAUCAAAUGGACGACGAUGACAAUGCCUGGGAAGAUGAAGAAGAUGACGGAGAAAGUGACGGAGAUGAAGAUCUGGAGGUCGAAGCCAACGAACAUGAUGACAAAGACGUGGAAAUGACUUAA